CCGGGGUCAACGGUCCCUUCUGGCCCGAGGGUCCGGCCGAGAGCGGUGGCGGCGUCCGCGGAAGGACUUCGUGGGAGGAGAAUGGCUUCAAUAAGAAAAACCAGCCGUACUGUGCGUGAUAUCUUUGGCGACUUCAGUGAUAUUUCCUUAGAAGAUUCAAGGAUGGAAGAAAUCCAGAACUUGGAAAUCAGUAGAAGUCUUACCAAAAUAGCACCCGGUCCAAGCAGAUUUCUAAAAAGAAACCAGACUAUGGGUGGAAAACACUUAUUCCCGAAAGAGAAUGCUUUCCUGGGGAGUGGGCCCUGGCUGUCUUCAGGUAGAGCUUCGACCACUGCCUCGAAGGUCAGGGCCAACGCUGCGCUCACAAAGCUGGCCCAGAUAGAAACCAAGAUCAGGAACCGGAAGGUGCAGAUGGAUUUGUCUGACGUGGAAUCUGACCUGAAGACCUCUGAGGACUGGCUUCCUAGCAGAGCAGACGAAAAUCCCCCUAGAAGGACGGUUGACCUUUCUUCACAGAACACAGACAAAACCUCCCAGAAACAGGCCCUUGAAAUUCCUGUCCCUGAGAGUGACAUGCCGAGUGGGAAGGUCAGUAGGUUUCUAAAGAAGAGAGAAGCACCUGUGGAAAAGAUAUCCCCUGAAGCACAUGUUGGGAAAGAGAGGGAUCUUCAAACACCCAAAGAGAAAAAACCUCCUAGAAGACUGGAUUCUCCAGACAGUGAUGAAGAGGAAAUGAAAGAGUUGCUAGGAAGCUUGAUGGAAUCUUCUAGCGAAAAACAAGCAUCCACAAAUCAGGGUUUCACCAGCACCAAAGUCAGUGAGAAAGAACAAACAAAACUAGUCUCGGAUCAGAUCCCAAAUCAACUGAGAGUCCUUUCGCUGCCCAGGAAGGAUCUUUCCAGCUCAAAGCCAUUUCCGACAUCACGUCUGCCAACCUCACGGUCAGCAGAUGGGACCCUUCACAGUGCUGGCUCGAGAACUUGCUCCCCACAGAUUCCCAUUUCAGAGGACACAGCCUCCCACACGGCAUCACUUUCCAUCCCCGGAGCCUUUCCGAAGUCUGUGCCCUCAACAGUGGGGGAUGGCAAGCUCUCGUCCUCCCCAAGAAGGAGUGAGUCUGGGCCUCAGGAUGAGUCUCCCUCAGAAGCCGCCGAUGAAAGUCUAAAUGAUUUGAGAAUAAACAUUUUAUCCCUUGAUGAUCUGGCUCCAGCCCUCAGUGAGAAAUCAGACUUGGAACAGAAAAAAGGUCAGGGGGAAAAGGCAUCCAGCAAAAACCCCUGGGCUGGGGCCCCCCGCUCUGGAAGCAAGAUUUCUGAGUGCCUGAGCCAGCGGUCCGUCUCGUCCCUUGGACCCAAGGGCACUUCUAGCCUGGGGUCAAAGUCUCAGGAACCUACGGCCAGCACAGUGAGCUCGGCUUAUUCGGAUGAUUUUGAAAAAUCCCCCAGUCCAACAGCAUCUGAGUCGACGCCCCAUUCUGAGGAGUCUCCUGACAGGACGCUGGCGACUUGGUCUGAAUUUUCUGCAAGCCUGAAGACAGACCUUCCUCCACCAACUCCCAAGUCUCGGAAAAAGUGGGCCAGGGGUGUUACAAGAGUCAUGGUGAAGGAGAUGGCUGUGCAGACCCUCGAUCCCGCCUUCACCUACCAGUGGGCUAAGGCGGCCGGCGUAGCGGCCAUCGGACCAGCCCUGGGAGGUGCCUAUGUGGACCCCUCGCCCAUCGCCAGCCACGUCAUCAGUGCGGACGCCAUAGAAGCCCUGACAGCGUACAGCCCCACCGUGUUCGCGCUCAACGAUGUGCUGAAGCAGCAACUGAGCCUGACACAGCAGUUCAUCGAGGCCAGCCGGCACCUGCAUGCAUCCCUCCUGCGCUCCCUGGACCGGGACUCAUUCCAUUACCACACCCUGGAGGAAACCAAAGAGUGUCCAAAGUGGUACAUCAAGAUCGUUUGGGGCUCCCCUGGUGGCGCAGUGGUUGAGAGUCCACCUGCCAAUGCAGGGGAUGCGGGUUCGUGCCCCGGUCUGGGAAGAUCCCACAUGCCGCAGAGCGGCUGGGCCCGUGAGCCAUGGCCGCUGAGCCUGCGCGUCCGGAGCCUGUGCUCCACAACGGGAGAGGCAACAACAUACAUCAGGCAACACAGGCCCACCCCGCUGACCAUGGAGGAGGCCCUGGAGGAGGUGAAGAAGGAGCUGUGAACGCCGGGAGUGUGCAUGGCACCUGAGAGGAUGUACCACAGGCCAGUGGAAAUGGAACCCCAGGUGGAGCUGUCACCACUCGUGGCAGGACAGAGGAUGCCAGCCUGUCUGGAGCCACGAGGAAACAGGACCAGGCGUCCACGCCGGGGACUCCCAGGAGACACCAGGGCAGAGCUUCUGACCCGACUCCACAAUUCAGACAAAGUCUGCACUCAGGACGCACCUCCUCCCUCCUCAGCCUGAGCACGCUUCUUGACUUAAAUACACAGAGGAAAAAGGUCUUUAAAAAAAAAGUCUUUAUUUGAAGGCAAAACAGUAAAAUCCACAAGAAAUUGUUAACAACACGUUUACAUUUUAUCCUGAAUCAGACACGUUUGAACAAUUCACAGCUACAGGAAAUCUAGAACAAAAUCAAAUAUUUUAUCACAUCAGGUGGAAAAGUUGGAGAAAAUUUUGCAUCUCAUUGAAAAGAAUUUUUCAAAAAUGUUUCUGUACAAAUAAAUGGCACCGCACCAAGCUGCCUGCGGAUGCUGAGUGCAGCCGAUCCCAGGCGGUCACUCAGCAGCUCCCGGCAGAGGCGGCUCCCUCCAGCCUCACCUCCCUUUGGGGGCGGCUUGGGGCAGGCAAAGGAAGUGACAGAGCAGGAAGCAGGGCCGGUGGUCACUCUCCACACUCUGGAUGUGAAUGGGCCAUUGCACGUGAGUGCUGGUGUGCGGGUUCCUCUCCGUGAAAAACACAAGUAGAGACACGAAGGGUACAUAUUCUCCAAGGGCGUCAUCAUUAUGUGACCUGGAGAUGCCUCAGAUAAGUUUCUUCAGAACCUUUUGUUUCUGCAGGGAACAGCAAAUGGCUAACGUUCAAACAAAAACAAAAAACAAAACAAAAAAAACCACUUCAACUUAAACAGCUUAAGUAACUAAGGGCUAGUAUGUCUCAGAGGAAUCAGGUUUCAAAUUAUCUCACUGGGUAUCAACCUAGAUCAGUAUUUUUUUCUAAAACUAAACCAUCUGGAGUAAAAAUGAAAACCCUGUUUAACUUUGCAAAUCAAAAAGGUUUUGUUUUUCCAUUUUUAGAGUGAGCAGUACCAGCGCCUGGCCUGAGCCUUCUCACAACACAACUGAUGGGGGGAGUGGGAGGGCCGGCCCCUUGGGCUGGGCUGGCGUGUGCCCUCAGGGCCCCUCCUCCAUGCACUCCCACUGGUUUUAGAGGCUCAGGCUGAGGGGAGAUGUGAGACAGCCGUUCCUGCAGAUGACAAGAAUUCUUAUCCAGGGGCCUUAUGUUUCUCGCUUCACUGUCCAGGGAAAUAAGCUCAUGGUCGAGUUGGCUGGGCAUCUCCUCGUGACUCUUGCUGCUACGUUAGAGCUGGUUUGCAGGUGGGGCCUGGGCCUUCCGCGCCAUCAAGCGUGGCACUCGUCACAAGGCCUGCCGAAGUCUUCCUUCUCUUCUGUCGCUCCCCACAGAUGGAGACAGUGUGAGAACCGAGCUGUCCCUACCAUCUUCCACUGCCAGUAAACCAAGAAGGGUCCAACCGUCCUCGCUGCCGGUGGCCGGCCACUGGCGUGGCUCCCUGCCCACGCCGCGCCUACUUGCACUCGUCCCUGGCCUUCAUGCGGGCGAUGAAGGAAUAGCUCUUGUUCCUGCGGUAGUUCUCGUAGGGGUCGUCCAGGGCCACACCCACGCCCUUGUACUGGUCCCACUUAUCCCGGACGUCCCCCCCCUUGAUGGGGUCCUGGAUUCCUUGCUCUUUCACGCCGAGGCCGCCAGAUCCACUCCAGCCUGAAGAAGAGAGGGAUGAGUGGUUACGACCCACAGAGGAAGCUGAAAUUGUGGUGCAUUUACCCUGACAUGAAGUUAAAUGGAAAUGCGUUUGGAGAGUCAAACGACAUGCAGACGUGCAGUUUAUAAAUGGGGAACUAAGGGUAGUAAGAAAGGACGCUCAGUAAAAACCCUGCAGGCUCAGAAGUUGGUCAUGAGUUGGAGCUUCCUCUGACUUCAUCAUCCCCCAACCCUGAAUGCCCAGAGCGGAUUGUUCUGUCUUCCCAGGAACCUUACCCAUUUUCACCAGCAUCUGAUGUCCUUUGUUCUCUUCCCCGAGCCUGGAGUCAGGUAUAGGAGGUGCUGAAUUAGAACCCAGACCAGCCGAGGAACUAAAAUUAAGACAGGUUACGUCUUUUAAAAAAGAGCUGAUACAUUUAUUGGAAUGAAAACUUAGAAUAUUACAGCGUGUAGCUUAUACGUAGGGUCACCAGCGUGAGAUGGACACACACACACACAUUUCGUGUCUCUAGCUUUCUUCUUUAUCCUCUUCGCCGGCAGAUAAGGGGGUUCCCUAAGACGGCGGCCCCUGCCUCACACUCAGCGGCACAGCCAGGCCACACUGGACCGGUAAAACGGUUAGAAAAUAGCGCAGCCACUGCCUCAGGCUUUACAACGUGACUGCAGAGGUAACAGCGAGGUGUGAGAUGAGGUGCCACUGUCACUGUGCUAGUGCUCAGGGGCCCCGAGGUGCUGCCUUGGCGCGGGCCACCGCCAGCGCGUCUUCUAACAACACGUUUCAACAUUCACAGCAAAGCAUCAGAGGGUUCCAGCGCUACCAGAGGUCAUUCUGACAGUUAAGACAGAAAUCUUACGGCGGGGUGGGGCUCCUGGACCGCGACCGACGUCUCCUUCCCGGGGAAUAGGACUUGGACCGAGAGCGCGAGCGGGUCCGGGAGCGGCUUUGUGAGGAGCGUGAUCGGCUGCGGCUCCUGCGGGGCCAGGGGAGAGGAGGCGGGUCAGCGCAGCUGCUGAGGAGCCUCAGGCCUUGCAUCCCGAGAGGCGGGCCCCUGCCUACCUGGAUCUGGAGCGGGAGUAGGAACGGGAGCAGGAACGAGACCUUGACCUUGAAUAGGAGCCGGAAGACUUGGAGGACCUCGAGUUGGAGCGGGAGGAGGAGCGCCCUCGGCUUUUGGAUCUGCUCCGAGACCUUGAGGGUCCGCUGCGGGGACAGGCCUGGUGAGCUGGAGCCCCUCCAUGGACUGCGCCCAGCCCGCCCCAACCCCCAACUCUAAAAGACCCCUGAUGUGCCCAGUCCAGGUGCAGACACACCCUUUCACAUCAGGGUUGAAUACAGACAAUGACAAGCUU